AUGCAGCCAAAAGACGUUCUGAACGACGACCAGUGUGGACGAUACAAGAUACAAACACAAGAGUCGCAGCACACAGCAACGACAAUCGGGACAAAUCCGUGUCUGCUGUCGAGGAAUCAUCUUGCAACCUGCGCAUUGGCGUCUAUUUACGAAAGCGACCGUUCUUCUGUAUCGACCACACGCUCAUUAACCCACUCCAACUCCGGCAGCGACAACAAGCACGAGCUUGCAUCACCAGCGCCAUCCGCGACCCGACAUCACAACCAAUCAAUACCGCUGUCCAUUCCCAAAGUCGAACCAGAAGUCGAACAGCAAGCAGAGACACAGGACCCUCCACCCUUUUCGUCGCACAACUUCCCGUCGCUUUAUUUCCCGCCUCAGGAAGCAGCCGCGCCGCCGCCGCCCGACUUUGAAGAAGGCCCGUCGUCAUCGACCUCGUCGCCCACUCCAUUCCCGUCUGUUGUAGAAGAGACAAAGGCCGCUCUCCCACGCGACACCAAGCCUCGCAACGACAAGGCUCCCGACGACAGCGAACCUCCACCGCCCUACACCGAAGGCACCAGCCCGCUCGACGGCUUCACUUACCUCAUGGCCCAAGCCGGAGGUGCUGCGAGCAUCAUCACACAGGUCUCGCAAGGUGGCCCUGCUCCUAUCAACACCUUCCACUCUGCCUCGGAUGAGCACAUCAACAUCGACCUGAGAGGCACUCGCUUCACUCUGUCGCGCGAUGAGCUCCUCACUCUCCCCGAGUUCGUGCUGCUGUCGCUCUUCCCCAACGGGCUCCUCCCCGAAGGCCACAUGAACUCGUACCACGAACCUGACGUCUAUCCCGUCGAUGUUAGUGCCGCCCCGCGCCUCAUUUCCUCCUUCCGUCCGCAAGACAUCGCUGCUCUACAACACCUGCUCCAAAACCAUGAUGUAUAUUUAUCUGACUCGAUCUAUCAUUCCCAGUAUGACCCCACUUCUCUGCAAUACAUGCUCGAAUUCUUCCGCUCCGUCGCCCAAACAAUCCCUACCUCCCCCACCGAUGACUCCUCAUCUCCUUUCGCCGCCGACCAAGCACCGGUGCCCAUUGAGCCCAUGCAGGGUGCAAACGCUAGAGACAUGCUGCAGGACAGAGCUGGUAUCAUCGUCUUGCGCGAAGAUCUCGACUUCUACGUCAUCCCACCGAGGCGCGACAUUGGCCACCCCGAGAUGGUCCAGGUCAAGCGUGCUGCUGGCCGUGCCUUGCUGAAGCAGAGUGGCAUCUUUAGUGGUCUUCGUAAGAGCGAGGAGCCUGGUACCACUGAGCAACAUCUUAUCGAGAUGCUGACGGCUGGCGGCUUCAAUCACGACGAUACCUGGGGUCACCGUGCUGGCGAGCCCAACAAGGCUGUCAUCUGCAGCAUCGCUCUCGCCCGCCUGCGCACUGAUGUUCGCGGCGAUGCCAACUCUAACGCCGUCGGCAUGGCCCAGAAGUUGCUGCUGUUCUGGCGCAAGCCUGCUCGUCGCUGUUGGUGGGAGGGUGUUGAUCUUGAGAACGUUGAAGGCAUCGACGGCACUCUCAAGGUCUGGAUCCGCAGAGUGUGGACCCUCGAGAUGAGCGUUAUUGGCCUUCGCUGA